GCAUUUAUUCCUAACCCAGAUAAUAAACCUUACGUUAAUCGCAUAAAUGGAAUCAGACAUGAUAACCGAGCAGUUAAUUUAGAAUGGAUAACUCCUAAAGAAAAUGCUAAGCAUAAAAUAUUUCCAAAUAAUAGUCGUAGUUCCAGACGAGUUGUGCAAAAGACAUUGGAUGGGGAUGUUGUUAAGAUUUGGAAUUCCAUUACUCUCGCAACUGGUGGAUGGUCUUGGAUGUAUUAUGAAGACUAUGUACAACACGAUCCCAAUGAAAAAUGGAGAGAAAUCGAGCUUGAUUCACGAAAAUCAGAGUUUCGUAAUCAAAAUAACGAAAGCGGUGUAAAUAAUGGCGAAGAUUCCAACAAUAGUAAUGUAGCUAAUGUUGCUCCAACUCAUAGUGACAACGAAAUUUCUAACCAUCGUGUUAAUGUCCCAACCCGUAGAGCAUCACAAAAUGGUAGUGAUAUUAGUAUGCCUGAUGCCUCCGGAG